AUGACGUUCCUGACGCCGGCCGCACUUCCGCGGCGACUCGCCGCAUCAUCAUUCCGCCGCGCCUACUACGGACUCGGACUCCCCCGCAUCCGUUCCGCGCUCUGCACUGCCCUCGCGCUCCUUCUGUUCUCGCUGGCGCUCCUCCGCGGAGCUCGCCUCUCCCGCCGCCGCUUCCACGAUCCUCUCAACGCCGCCGCGGCGAUGGCGGCGCCUUCGCUAUCCCGCAGAUCUGUGGAUGCCGUCGCUGCCGAUCUAGCCGCCGCCGCGUUCUUGCGCGGCCUCCGCGCGCUGGCGACGUGGGAAGAGGCGGCGGCGGCUGCGGCGCUGCGCGACGUUGAUGGCGAUGGGGACGAGUCGCAGUGGCAACCGCGCCGCCGGCGGCAGGCGCACGAGCAGGAGCGGCGGCCGCCAAAGCAGCAACAGGGUUUUGCAGGGAGGUCGCGGAUACUAACCCGUGUGGCUGCGUUUAACGCGGGUCCUGCUGCUGCAGAUGCAGUUCACCUGGCGAUGUGGGUGGAUCAAGUUCAACUUAACCAAGAUGGCAAGAUGCUGACAGCGCCCCCGUUCCAAAUCCUGCCGGUUUCUGCGCCGGCAGAACCCGCAGGCAACCUAACUUGGGACGAUUUCUACCCGGAUAUUAAUCCCUAUGAUCGUCGCGGCUCCAUCCUCACCUGCCCUGCUGUCCCGCGUGCGGCGUGGGAGGAAGCUAACGGGGGCACUGAUGACGUGGCAGACGUGGCUGACGUGGCAGACGAGGUGGAUGCGGUGGUUGCGGUGGUGCCGUGCCGCCCGGCGAGCGGCUCGUUGGCGAGGGACGUGCGAUGGCAGCAGCUGAUGCUGUCGCUCGCACGAUUCGUCAGUAAGUCCCACCGUCCCUGGCUGCCCCUUGUGAUCGUCUCCCCCUGCCGCCCGCCGCUCAACCUCUUCCACUGCCGCUUCCUCGUGCGCGCACAGCCCUCCACGCCGCAUGCUCCUGCUGCUUCUGGGGCUCCUGCUGCGACGGCAGCUGCUGCUGCUGCGCACACUGCUGCCAGCGGCGGUGGCGGUGAUGGAACGACGGCGAUGACGGGAGACGUGUGGGUAUACAACGUGACGGCACGCGAUGUGCGCGCUGGCAUCCAGCCCGCGGGGUCAUGCGCGCUGGCGCAGCCCACUGCUGAUGCCUCCGCGCGUCUCCCCUCCGCCCCACCACCCCGGUUUGCCUUCGCCACGGUGCUACACAGCAAGGAGGAGUACGUGUGUGGCGCUAUCGUCCUUGCACACGCCCUCCGCUCCCACGGCCUCACGCUUCCCGCCGCUCUUUUCCCCGGCACCACCCACAGUGGCACCAACAGCACCGAUAGCGCCGGCAGCAGCGGCACCGACAGCAGCAGCGCCAUUUCAGGUGGUGUUGGCGAGAAGGCGGGCGCGGGCAGAGCGGAGCAGCAGCAGCAGCAGCAGCAGCAGCAGCAGCAGCAGCAGCAGCAGCAGCAGCAGCAGCAGCAGCAGCAGCAGCAGCAGCGUGCAGCAGAGGCAGAGCUGGUGGUUCUUGUGUCAGCAGAGGUGGGGGCGGAGAGCAGGAGAGGGCUGGAAGCGGCGGGAUGGCGAGUGGUGGAAAUAGAGAGGAUCAAGAGCCCGUGGUCGAGGCCAGGGAGCCACAACGAGUGGAACUUCAGCAAGCUGCGUCUGUGGCAGUUGACCGAAUACGAGCGAAUAGUCUAUCUCGACACAGACGUGCUUCCCCUGCGACCGCUCACACACCUGUUCCUCUACCCCGAGCUUUCUGCUGCUGCCAACGAUGACAACCAUUUCAACUCAGGCCUGCUGGUUCUCGAGCCGGCACACUGCACGUUUGCCUUUCUCCUCGCCAACAUCCCCAACAUUCUGUCCUACAACCACGGGGACCAGGGCUACACCAACAACGCCUUUCCCUGGUGGCACCGCCUCCCAGACCACACAACCAUUCUCAAGCACAAGCCACCGCACACCACCGGUCACACAGGCAACAACCCUAACAGUUCCUACGACGAGGCAGUGGCCAUCCAAAACGCUCUCUUCUCCUCUGAACCUCCCCAGCUGCACGCCAUUCACUACCUCGGGAGAAAGCCCUGGAUGUGCUUUCGCGAUUUCGAUUUUCAACACUUUCUCACCAACAUGACGAACGCCCAGCUUCUCCGCUUUCUCGCGCUCGUGUGGCAGGGAUACCUGCGCCUGUUCCUGCUGCCAGUUUCGGCUGCCAUAGGGACUGCACUGCCAACACUCGUCGCUGCGUUUUCUCUCCGCCAGACACGUGUGUUUGUCCGUGGCGACCGCCUUGACUCUCGCAUGCGUUGGUUUCGUCUCAUCAGCAUCAUGCCGAACGGGAGUUUUUACGAGUACAUGCGCGUUGAUAAGCGCACUUUCACGUACGUGGUGAGGCAAUACCAGCGCAGCCGAUUUGCAACGUGGCAGAACAAAGUGUACAAUUUUGUGCACAUCGCGAUAGCACUUAGCAAGCUGGGGCACGGUCUGACAUUUCGCCAAGUCGGUCUUCAUUUCGGGUACAGCUACUCAUACACCCAGAAACUGUUCAGUCGGUUUUUGAAGUUCAUGGAGACGGUUUUGACCCCACGGUGGGUGUGGUGGCCUGACCGUGAAAUGUUUGAGGUGAUGGAGAGGGAAUUUCGAGCCUUCGCUGGCAUCCCUGGCGUGGUGGGUGCCAUGGACGGCACGUACAUACGCUGUCGUGGGUUUGGGCCCCACCGUGAUGACUUUCGUAACAGGAAGGGGUUUUACUCUAUAAUUUUGCAACUAAUCUGUGACAGCAGUGGUCUCAUUUGGGACUUUUUUGUAGGCUGGCCUGGGAGCGUCAAUGACGCCCGCGUGUUCCAGAACAGCCCAGCUAGAACUAAGAUUGAACAGGGGGGCCUACUGGACUACGUCCUUGUUUACGACGCGGCGUACGGCCUGCGCCAAUAUCUCUACACACCCUACCGUGCUACUACCGGCCGCCACCUGCCUGACGAGCAGCGCGUGUGGAACCUGCAACAAUCGCGUGCACGGAUGGUCGUUGAACAGGUUAACGGCCGCCUGAAGACCAAGUGGAGGCUUCUCGACGGUCGCCUCGAAUGCGACAUCUUCCAUGCGCCGCGCUACAUGGUGGCCUGCGUGACCCUGCACAACAUCGACCUGAUUAUCGGAGCGCGCCCGAGGAUGGAAGAGAUGCCUCGCGAACGGAACCGGUGGUGGGAGCAGGGCCCGGCAGCAGACGCGCCGCACUACCUGCCAAGCUCCGAGGGCUUUACGCUGAUCCGCCGUCGUCAGCGUCUGGCUCUUGGCGUCUGGGGCAUCCGGAGCAGACUGCACCAGCUCUCGGCUGACCUUCCUGUGACUGUGUUCCCCAUCCUGCUAUGCCGUGUGUGUCCGUUCCCGCAGCCGAAGGCCGAGGCCCGCGGACGACGCGGUGCCCGCGCAGCGACAGACCCGCACGCGCGCCGGCUCCCCGUGAGACCGGCGGAGACGCCUCCGCCUGAUUGGUAG